UGUGUGUGUGUUUGUAAGUGUUUAUAAGUGUGUGUGUGUUUGUAAGUAUUUAUAGUGUGUGUGUAUGUGUGUGUGUGCACUCAUGAAUAUAUUUAAACCCCUGUCUCACCCUGUCUCCUUCCACCCUCAGCGUGGUCACAGAUAACAGCUGGAUGUACAUCAUUGUUCUCGGCGGAUUAGGCAUCGUCACCCUCAUUGGCUUUGUAAUAAUCAUCUACAAUAUCUGUAAGAAUCCACCUUGGCGCCAGCAAGAGCCCUGGUGUUGUGGCCUUUGUAAUGCAGACGCGAGGCCCAAGCGUCGACGGUCCAUUGAGAAAACCCCCGCCUUCACGAUCCAGACGAUGUAUGCAAAUCAGAGCGAGGAGAGCAAGCCGGACGGCGGCGCAGACUCGACCCGCGAGCAGAAUCGCCGAGCGCUGCGCGAAUCGUCAGCCUCCGGAGACGAGGUCAGCAGCGUGUCCUCGGCCGCGACUCAGAUGACUCUCCUGAGCAGCAGGAGCCUCGCGUCCGACGUCAGCGCCGCCAGCACCGUCGUGGCAGAGGCAGCGGCGAACCAAACGCUGGGGAACCACGCCGAGGAACGGCUUUCGGAAGAACAGGUUUUGGGGAAGGCUGGCGAAAGGGGGUAUUCGAAAUCUGAAGAACAGGUUUCCGUGAAAUCCGAAGAACAGGUGUCUUUGAAGUCUUAUGAACAGGCGUCUCUGACAUCCGAAGAACGGCUCUCCAACAACUCCCUAUCGAGCGGCUGUUCCCACGAGCGGUGCCAGCUGUGUCUUCCCAAAGGCUUGUCCGCCAGACCUCCCAGCGUUGGUCUUCCUUCCCCGUCUACGCCUCCUACGGGCACGACACCGAGGCAGUCCCCGUCCUCCAGGAAGUCGUACGCCCCGAGCUCCAUCGACGCGAACGACCAGGAACCAGGAACUGAAAUCACGUCGUUAUAAGCUGGGCGGGAAGCUUACAGUAUGGGUGAAAGGAUGUUGUCAUUGAGGCCAUUUUUCUGAGGAGAAAAAUGGACGUCGGCAGUUAUUUUUACUGUGUGUGUGUGUGUGUGUGUGUGUGUGUGUGUGUGUGUGUGUGUGUGUGUGUGUGUGUGUGUGUGUGUGUGUGUGUGUGUGUGUGUGUGUGUGUGUGUGUGCGCGCACUUCAGCGUUGUUUUCCAAAUAUUGAUUUGCAUCUGAAAGACCUUUUUUCCAUGAGCUUAAUUUACGAGAGAAUUUGAACCCAUGUUGAUUCUUACAACUCCUCGUUAGGAAAAUGUUAAAAAGAAAGUAAUUCAAGAAAAAGACAAUUUAAAAAAUAUGAUAAUCGAUACCAGUAGUGAUGAUAAUAUAGAUAUAAAAGAGAUGCUUCAUUUAUCAGCAACGUAUAUUUAUAAUGAUAUGUUGUUAUUGAGAAAUGCCUGCUCUCACUAGUUAGUGACAAACUAAAAAUCAUUCUUUACAAUUAUUUUUUUUAUAGAAGUUUGUUCAUUCCUGGUAAACUUUUUUUUUCUAUAAAGGUCAUACUGUUUGGAAUGAACACUUUUAUUGUUACUGAAGUGUUUAAUUUACGACAAAAAAGUGUCAGAUAAAAUACAUUCUCCUUGCUGGUAUACAUUCUCAAAAAAAAUAGAAAGGUCGAACCGAAACUGGUAUAUUAACAAUGUUUUAUUGCUAAAAUGUUUUAUAAAUACAUGAAUCAGUCAAAUAUUGGUAAACAGUAGCUUUCCAGUAAAAUUCACAAGACCCUGUUAAGCCACAUGUAUAUAUGUAUAUACACAAACUAUAGAUUUAUAAUGUUAGAUUGCUUUUUCUUAUCUUCUCUUCUUUUCUAUAAAUGCAUAUAAUGAAACCAUAUAAUGUUAUCCAUACAACUCUACAAUGCAUUUGUUAUCCUUUAACAUUUAACUGUUAAACUUUUCCCAUUACUGUGCGUCCCUGUGGUUAAAAGUUUCCGUUUAAUUGCGUUAAUUCUGCAAAUCUUUAUUGAAAUUUUCUUGUUAUUCUUAAACCUGCAUACGUCGUCUCUGUGAUAAAAUAUAUUAUGGAUUGUAAUAAAUAAAGGGUAAGUAUAAUUGUGUUGAAUAUUUUGUAUAUAAUUGCUUGUUGUUCUUAAAUUAAAAUGAUUCCAAUUACUAAUAUUGUGUAUUUUACGGUUUCAUGCAUCUGGAAGUUUCCUGCAUUUUGUAAUAUAUUAAUCCCGAAAUAUUUUUGUCAUGCAUUUUUGAACAUAUUUAUCUGGAGUAUUUGUAAACUGCUCUUUACUUUAGAAACAAUACACCGAAUUAUCUUUUUUCUCUGUGUCCGUCUGUCCGUCUCUCUCUCUCUCUCUCUCUCUCUCUCUCUCUCUCUCUCUCUCUCUCUCUCUCUCUCUCUCUCUCUCUCUCUCUCUCUCU